AUGAGUGCUUUUUGUCGUCGAUUUAUACCUGUGAAACCUGUCACAUCAUGGGGAGCUGGCAAGACUACAUUACGAGAAUUAGGACUACCUGGUGGUAAUGUUACUAAGAAUGAAAUUGACAAUAAUAGAUUUACAAUGUUAACUUAUAAUAUCCUUUCUCCUGCAUAUAUGUGGCCUCAAGUAUAUACUUAUGUCCCUGAAAAAUUCAAAGAUUGGAGAUACAGGCAUAAUUUACUUGAAAGAGAAUUAUUUCAAACUUAUAAAUCUGAUAUUAUGUGUUUACAAGAAUUAACAAUACGUGAUUAUAAUAAUUUUUGGAAAAAUAAUUUUCUUGAAAAAUAUAAGAUGGGUUCGGAGUAUAUUUCAAAGACUGCUCCAACUUAUUGGAAAGGUGAAAAGGAUCAACUAGAUGGUGUUGGGAUUUUUUAUAACUUAGAAAAAUUCGAAUUUAUUCAUUCAACUGGUAUCAAAUUAAGUGAAUACUUAAACAAUUUUAAUAAACAUGAACUAGGUUUUUUAGCAAAGAAACAGAUGAAUUUAACUGAUGGUACAGGGAAAAUUAUUGGUCAGAGUAAUCUUCUAGAUGUUUUAACGUCAAAGAAUCAAGUAUGUUUAUUUGUUUCUUUAAGACAUAAACCAACAGGUACUGCUUUUGUUGUUAUUAAUACUCAUCUUUAUUGGAAAUAUGAUGAUGUAAAAUUAUCCCAAUGUAUGGUUAUUAUGAGGGAAUUAGAUAAAAUUAUUAAUAAAAUUAAAGAAAACCAUGCAAAGGAAGGUCGUCCAGAUCAAGAAAUUAAGAUUCUAUUUACAGGUGAUUUAAAUUCUACAGGUGAUUCUUUAGUGAUAAAUUUUUUAAAGGGUCAAAUCCUUAACACAAAUAGUCUUAAUAUGCUGAACCCAAUGCGUACAAAUUUGAACCAUUGCGUUUAUGAUGAUAUAGUGAAAGAAAAUCUCUUCGAUUAUACUUGUUAUUCAGGGAAACUUAAAGGUAUAUUUGAUUAUAUCUGGUAUCAUGAUACCGAUUUUCAAUUGACAAAGAUUCUUAGUGGGAAAGAAGUUACAGAAGAACUUGAGACACAUCAUCAAUUUGGUUUACCUAACGAAACCCAUCCAAGUGAUCAUAUUCCAUUAGUGGCAGAGUUUGAAUUGCUACGAACUGCUCAGCAAGAUACCUAG